CGGGGUCAUCACAGAGCAGCUCGCACCUUGCUCCCUUUAAACACAUCUCAGAGGCUGCACUGGUCCUGUUCUGGUGCUGAAGAUGAUGAAUCUGCGUUCUGUAUUUACUGUAGAACAACAAAGGAUAUUGCAGCGUUAUUAUGAAAAUGGAAUGACAAAUCAAAGUAAAAAUUGCUUUCAGCUCAUAUUACAGUGUGCACAAGAAACUAAACUGGACUUCAGUGUAGUCAGGACGUGGGUUGGCAAUAAACGAAGAAAGAUGAGCAGCAAGAGUGCUGUAGAGUCUGGUGGCACUCCCCCAGGGACUGUCCCUACUACUCCCUCAGUACCUCCAGAAGCAGCAGUUAGAAAUGUGGUAAAUAUUGCUCGAUCCCAAAGCCAGCAGUCUUCUUGGACCUCUUCUAAUAACGAUGUAAUAGUAACUGGUAUAUACAGUCCUGCUAGUUCGUCCAGUAGGCAAGGAGCCACCAAACAGACAAGUGCUUCGAUGGCAGAAAUACAUAAAACCUCUAUUCCACGAUUACCAGGAAAAAGUGAUACAGAGUUUCAGCAGCAGCACAUCCCUAUAGGACGACAAGUACCACACUGUAAAAAUGCUUCCCUAUUAGUAGGGGAAAAGACUAUUAUUUUAUCUAGGCAAACCAGUGUACUGAACUCUGCCAACUCCAUAUAUAGUCACACUAAGAAGAGCUAUGGUGGCUCCUCGGUGCAGACCGCAGAGUUGGUGUUACCUCAGAAACCGAUGAUAUGCCACCGGCCCUGUAAAGCUGAACCUCUGGGAUGUCAAAGGUUACAAAAACCAGACCACACAGCUCUUACAUCCCACAUGCCCCCUGGACAAAGGGCUAAUACCAGGGACCCUUCCUGUAGCACGCAAAACCUGGAAAUCCGCGAAGUGUUUUCGCUGGCGGUUACGGAUCAACCUCCAAGAGUGGUGGGAGGAAGUGCCGCGCCAAAGCACUGCUCGGGGGAGGGCAGCUGUCUGUCCAUCGCCAUGGAGACUGGAGACGUGGAUGAUGAGUAUGCUAGAGAAGAAGAGCUGGCAUCCAUGGGAGCACAAAUACAAAGCUAUUCAAGAUACUGUGAAAGCAGCAGUUCUAUUCGGGUAGAGAACCAAAGUGCAGCCUUGUCUGGGCCAGGAAGAAAUGUGAGCUGUAGUUCACAGAUGGUGAAUGCCAGGGACAUGCCUGACAGUAUUCUGUAUCAUAACAGAGACUACCACUUGCCUGCACGGACCUCAUUACAUACCACAUCCAGUACAUUAUAUAACAGUGCUAAUCCAUCGAGAAGUUCCUUUUCUCCACAUUUCACAUCUUCAAGUCAACUGAGGCUGUCACAAAACCAAAAUAAUUACCAGAUUUCAGGAAACCUUACUGUGCCUUGGAUUACAGGUUGUUCCAGAAAAAGAGCAUUACAGGACCGCACACAAUUUAGUGACCGAGACUUAGCUACCCUAAAGAAAUACUGGGACAAUGGCAUGACCAGCCUGGGCUCAGUCUGCAGAGAGAAAAUUGAAGCUGUGGCUGCAGAAUUAAAUGUUGACUGUGAAAUAGUGCGGACUUGGAUUGGGAAUCGAAGACGGAAAUAUCGUUUAAUGGGGAUUGAGGUCCCACCCCCUAGAGGAGGUCCUGCUGAUUUCUCUGAUCAAUCUGAAUUUGUUUCUAAAUCAGCACUUAAUCCAGGAGAGGAAACUGCUACUGAAGUGGGGGAUGAUAAUGAUAGGAAUGAUGAAGUAUCAAUCUGCUUAUCUGAAGGAAGCUCACAAGAAGAGGCUAAUGAAGCUCUUCAAAAUGAAGAAAUUGGUCACAAAGAUGAUGACCAGAAUCCAGUAUCUACUGAUAAUGUGAAAAUAGAAAUUAUAGAUGAUGAAGAAAGCGAUAUGAUAAGUAAUUCUGAAGUGGAUCAAAUGAGUUCUCUUUUGGAUUAUAAGAAUGAAGAAGUCAGAUUCAUUGAGAGUGAGUUAGAGAACCACAAACAGAAGUAUUUUGAACUCCAGACGUUUACUCGAAGUUUGAUACUUGCUAUUAAAUCAGAUGAUAAAGAACAGCAGCAGGCACUGCUCUCAGAUUUACCUCCUGAAUUAGAAGAAAUGGAUUUCAACCAUGAAUCCCCAGAGCCUGAUGAUACCUCAUUCAGCUUGUCGUCUUUAUCAGAGAAAAACGCCUCAGACAGUUUGUGAUUAAUUGGGGUUUUUUUAAUUGACAAAUAAGAAGCCCCACGUAAUGUGGAGGUUUCAAGAGAAUGGCAUUUUGCUCUCCAGUGUCCUUCAGUCCAAAAAAGAAAGGCCAAGGUGAAGUAGACGUUCCUGAAGGAUGACUGUAGUGUGUCAUUGCUACAGUUUGCACUGUCACGAAAUUUCGAAUGUUGUUUUUAGUCAAUGAAAGAACUGUGUGAGGAAAGGUUUGACUUUUGGCAGUUUUGCCUCAAUUAGGAUAACUUCUGAUUUCCCAGAAUAACUCUUGCUCUUUAGCAACAUCUCUUUGAGGAGGGAUCCAAUAGAGGAAAACAAAUGUCCUGUUUAACAGAUAAUUCUUCACAGUUGCUUGCCCACCAGUCCUGUUUGUUUAUUUUUUUCCCCAUUUUUACUCAGGUAGGUAGCCUAAAAAUUGAGGAUCCAAAUAGAAUAACAGGCUUUUUAUGAGUUGUGCUUGAACCCUUUUAAAAAUCUGAGAUUAAACUAACAUGUUUUUCAUUAUGUGACUUAAGAUUUUCGAAUCUUCCAUUUUCUGACCAAAAUAGCUGCAAACCUUUGAAAGGCUGACUGAAAAAUCUACAUUGUCAUCAAUAAAUUCUCAAUGUGAAGGAGCAGUCAUGAGUGUUCUAACAAAUUAAAUGGAUAUGGGAAACCUGAUAGCUGCAGAGCACAACUUUCUGAUGCAGUAGCAAUGGGAGUAGCUGUUUGCACUGCUCUUUAGAGAUUUGUGAAUGUAGUUACAGUUUUUAUUUGCCAAUGUGAAUGCUGAAGUUCUGUUUGUUGUUUUCAGUAUUGGUUGUAUAUUUUUCCACAAACUUGGCCCUAUUUUAUCAAGACACUGCCAUAAAUCCACAGCUGUCAUUGCAUCCUGAAAGUUACUCAAGUGUUUGGAAUUGAGUUUUGCAGGUCUUCUAAAUGUAACCUGGUUUAGAAGUACCUCUGAUGUAUUUUUUGGCAGGUGCUGUUUUUAAACUGUGAGCUUGAUUUCAGACAGUGGCUCAAAUGGAUUUCUUCUUUCACAGCUGUUGCUGACAUUGAGUCUCUUUACUCAUCUGAUUAAAUGGAUGUGUAGACACAUUCAGAACAAUUUAGUAGGGCAUGUUAGGUGCAUGCCCACCUUAUUUACACUCUAUAACUUCUAAUCUGAAUAUUCUUCAGCAAGCAUUUUUGAAACAGAUACCUUCACAGUCUGGUAAAAAUCCUGAUCUUUCAAUUUUAUGACAAAUAACAUUUUUCUCUGGUGAGUCCCUGUUGAUGCAGUACAGUAAGUAAUCCUUGAAUUUCAAUGGGAAGUCAAAGGUGUAGCUCUGCAAAUUCUGAGUGUUGGGGAAAUAACUCUCUCUUUUUUUUUCCUUCCUUCCUUCCUUCCUUCCUUCCUUCCUUCCUUCCUUCCUUCCUUCCUCUUUCAUACUGGGAUUAACUCACAAUUUUAUUUUUUUCUCAGUCUGGUUGUGUUUCACCCCAAUCACUUGCACAGGGUGGAGUAUUUUUGGUAUCAAUAGAGUGCUCUGUUCUUUCUGGUUUUUUCCUGUCUCUGUGUUGUCCUUGGGCAUGGGGAACUUUUAGCAGUACUGUUAAAUGCCAUCUGCACAAAGGCUACUAGCAGUCUGUAAAUCUGUUUUAAAAGACAAAGCAGUUUCACAGUUGGUUCCCAAAAGACCUCUUACCAUCUAUUCUAUAGAGUAAGAAUGCCACAUAAGCAAGUUGUUGGGCCUAUUUGAGUUGAGGUAUCAACUGAGUAGAGGGGGAAGGCACUCUGUGUGAACAGGAGGUAGGUGGUAGGUUACUGAUCCUUUCGCUGCCUGAGCUGAGACGUCCCAGCCUGACUGGUAGACACAGCCUUGUAGCUUUACUUAAAGAAGGAAAAAUGUUGUAUAUGCCUGUUGAAGUGACCACCAGUCUCAAAUUGAUGAAGGUGUGUAAGCAAAGACCACAGCACUGUCUUUCAGAUGUAAGAGAGAGCUCAGCUGUAAUUCUGCUCACUCCGAAAAAAUCAUUUACAAAGGGUUUUCUGUUCUGGGUUAACAAUGCUUUCUGUUGCUGUUCUCUUUAGAUAGGAAAUUUGUGCCACUGACAAUGAAACCUCUUGUUUUCUGUGAGCUUUUCUGAGAUUCUAAAAAAAAGUACUGUGAUUGGCCACUAUUUGGAUCUUAUUUUCCUGCUUCUUCCACUUAAAUUCACAUGGCAAAAGGCAGGGUACUCUAAAUGAGAGUUCUUGAUUUCAUGAUCAAUCAAGUCAUCCACCUUCAUACAAGAAAAACUUUCAUUGAUGAUUCAUAUUUUGCUAUGUCUUGCUUCUGUUUCAUAUGCCAGACAAAUUGAAGGAAUUAAUGUUGAAUGAACUACUGCCAGAUUGAAGCAGUUAUGUAAAUCCCUUCUCUCCAGGAGGCUGAAAUCCUCUUUGGGAUGUGCAGCUGAAGCUGUAGCUGCAGGCAGCGCCCACAGCAGCCCCAUGGGUAUCUUGGGCUUCACUCUUUCUCUCUUGUUGGGUGACAAGACAAAACCUGGCAAAGCAGUCAUGUGUUUAUUGUCAAGUGUGUCAGGGUAUAAUACAGGAUACUCAGGAAGAAAGAGUAUGAAUUAUAUUCCUGUAUAAAAAUGCUGUACAGGAUAAUACUGUACAGCUGUUCUGCAGAGGGCCUUUUCAAUUGCAGUGUGUAUUUCCUGCCAUAUGAAAACCAAAUAUUUUGAUGGCAUAUUACCAUGCUGGUGUUUUAAAUCAUUGCAGCAACAAUAGCUCUGCAGUUGAGUGGCUGAAGAGCAGCUAUUGAGGGUCCUGUAACAUAACACCUCACUGUCCUUGGGAGUUCUGCAAAGACACAUCUGAGAGUCACACUUCAGGCGAGUGCUGCAGCCGCGCUUUGUCUUGGAGGGGUGUUUGCUUGGGUGGUGUCCCCAAUAGGCUGCCUAACGUGCUGAGUUUACAGAUUACAUCCCAAUCAGUGUAACUUGUUCAACUGCAUCCUAGGGCAAUGUGAGAGCACAUUCCUUUCCUUAGUAAUUGCACUGACAAGCAUCUUACAGACAGGUAUCACAUUCUGAUAGUCACUGGGACGUGCCUUUCCCCAUGGAACUGGGAAAGCUCUUCAGGUGAUGGAAGUGAUGGGUCUGGCUCUCUGGACCUAUGGCAUCUCAGGAUUUGCUUUAUGGUUAUUUUCUCUGUUCACAGGAUGAUAAUGACAUCCCCCACUAAAUGCUAGUUCAUCAUUUGCAUAGAUUUCCCAUGACAGAUCAAGCCAAUACGUGUUGUGUUAUGGUGACAGCAAUCAGCCCCCUUUGGCAUUUCAGUAGUUUGGCUCCAUGAUUCACAUAACUGCUGCAGCAGUGCCAUGUGGUGAUGUUUUUAACUCUCUGCAAAGACUCUCAUUUGCUUUGUCUCUGAAGGAUGGCUUCCCCAGCUUUAUUUAUUCCUAAUGUGUCUGUGGGAACACAAAUGGUGAAAUAUGUCUGUCUGAAGGAACCCAAGUGGGAAAAGGCAGUUCAGAACAGACACUAAACCAGAGACAGGACAUGUGCUCUCCUUGGGGAGCAAUGAGUCUUUGAUGCCAGCAAGCUUGCUUAGAGUUAAGAAAGCUGUUUCCUGAAGCUAUGCCUCCUUUCAUGUCCCUGCAGAUGAUACUUCUGUCAAGUCUAUAGGUCUCACAGGAGUGAGUAAUAGUGAAUUUUCAGCAGAUUCAAAAGUACACAGACAGAUGUACCGUACAUUGUUGGUUUCUGGAGUGCUUGGGUCUUGAAGCAGCACUGCACUUAAAUCCUUCCAAGUAUUUAUUUUUUGCUAAGGCAAUAAAAAGUCUGAAAAUGACCCACAGAUGUGGGCUUGGCAGUUCCCUGAAGUGAAGGAAAGGAAUAUAUCAGUGUUAUCUUCUUAAAUUGGGAAGCAGCUUAUCAAGUCCAUUCACCAGAGACAGCUGUACUACUGUUGUGGUUAUAGAGUUGAAAUGAUAGGACAAAUCAACAGUAUCGUGAACAUCUUUAUUGUGGAAGUGGAAAUUGAUGCUUAAAAUGGGUCAGCAAUCUAAUUUGGGUUCUCUACUGCACUACCAUGGUAGCAACAUGAAAAAGCACUCCCUGCUUCCCAGGUACUCCACUGGUAGUGUUGGUCUCAGGAUACCAGUAGCACGAGGAAAGACAAUAAUAUGUAGAAGUGGAAAAGCACAGAAUAUCUGAAAUGUGAAGAAGUCAUUACUUGUAACGUUACAACCAAAAGUUUGAUUUACUACCUCCAGCCCUGCUGCCUGGAUCCUCUAGGCCAGCCAGGGAAUUCUGAGGCUGCUUUCCCUGUCGGAGGGACUGGCAGCUCUGACCUUCCACUUACAUCAUGACAUUCUGCCUUUUCUGUCCCAAAUCAUCGUAAGGUUGAGUAAGCUGCUCAGUUGUCAGAUGCCUGAUCAAAGUUAGAGGAUGGUUAAUGAGAAAACUCCAGUGAGUUAUGACAGAAAAGAAAUGCUGGUUUAUGGUGUUUGACUUCUCUACACUCUUAAUAUUUUAUCAGCUUGGCCAAAUGUGAAAUCUUAAAAGUUAUAAACAAAAGAAGAGUCGGUGGUACCAUAACACUGGGGUCUUCCAUGGCAGAAGAAGGUUUUAUUCUGACUAAAGAGUAUUUCUUUGUCUCUGAAAGGCAACAGCUGACAUUUUGGUCAGAAGAUGACAGACACAAAAUGGGGCAGAACCUUGGGCUUGUGGUGGGUGGUGUUUUUAAAGAAAUGAGGAGUCCUCCUCGAUUAAAAGAUGUGCAAGAAUGUUCCUGUAAGGAAAACAGUUUCAGGUCAGUGCUUCGGUUCUGGUGAACAUUUUACUGUAUUACUGAACUAAGUCAAGAAUUCUUUUCAGAUUCUGUAUGAGAUUUUACACACACUACCUCUGAAACGUGGCACCACCUUUCAAACCACACAGAAAAUGUGAACUUAAACUUUUUUUCUUACCGUUUUUAUAGGCAAUAAAUGAUUUGCAACAUGCAUCCUUCAACUUUGUGCUGCUUUUUCAGUUGAGUGUGAGACAUUCACUUUGCUUUUUAUUUUUAGCACUAUUUUUAUGUAUUUGUCUUGAGCACUGUCUAUGGACAAGGAGAUAAUAAAGAUGUGAUGUUAGAAAAGAUUAGUGUAUGUUAAAUGGUAGCAUAUAUUUCCAUGAAAGCUGAAGGAUGAUGGAGUGAAUGGGCUAGCUGUGCUAUUUUUGGUGCAGUUACUGAAAGGAAUGGGUAUUAUCCUUUAUUCUGGUGCUAAACAAUUGUAACGUUUCUCAAUACACGAUAGAUGGAUUUAGCAGAGAGAACAGUCAAUGAGUCUCAGCAAGGUAAUGAAAAGGAGUAGGAUUUCAUGUUGGCUGAGUCAUAAUGGCUCAUAAACAUGUCCCCAUAUUUUUGUUUCAGCUGUCAUUUCUAUUUUGGGGGUUUUGCAUAUAUAGAGACCUUGUAGAAACAAUUUUGAUUUGCUUGUAAGCAAGUGUUAACUGAAAAUGAAUCAGUAGCAAGCUGCAGUUAAAUGUAAAUGUGGGCCAUGUUUUGUAGUUAGGUUUCAUCUUAAAAGAGUCACUGUAAUUUCCCCCAUUGCAUCUCUCUCCCUGCAGUACCCAAGGGAGGGCUGGCAGGAGGUAUGAGCUGCCUCAGCCCAGGGCUGGGCAGGGGAUGAGACACAUGGGGACAUUUCAGGUUUGUUGCAGAAAGGAAGAUCCUGGGAGUUUAGUCAAGAAAACGAUAAAUUUCUACAUCUUGGGAGACAGGAGCUGCUACUUUACCUUCAAAUUCUCUGAAAUAGUUCAAAGUGUUAUUGGCAAGUCCACUGAACUGUGCUGGGAAAAACUGUCCCCAUCUCCAAUGGAAAUUGUAUCCUUUCUAGGAUGUUUCUUAAAGUUACUGGGUAUGUGUCGAUACACGUAGGCAUAUUUAUAAUGUGCACAGGUAUACUGAACCUGAUAUCUCACUAGCAUCUGCAAAGGUGUUUUCAAAUAUUCCUGUACUACUUCUAAAAAUAUGUUUUAUUUGCUUUCAUUGUUAUGUCUUGCUAUAUAUUGACUACAUAGUUUUGUAAUUUACUCAAAUACAUCCAUACAAAUAUUGUUUCUAGUUUAACUCCUUGCAAAACUGGUAACUUUUAGGCCUAGAAAUUUAUUAAACUCUCCUAACAAUGGUGGGUUUGAGUGAUCUUGGCAAAUAAACAAACUGAUGUAUUUAUGAAGAAACAAUGAACUUUCUGCCAUGAUAAUUUCUACUUCAGUUUCCUGAAAGGUUAAAUCAGUUUGAUUUUAAACUAGUCUGAAAGUUUAAAUGUUAUUUACCUUGUUUGCCUACAAAAGAUGAAAUAAUCAACAAUCUUAAAACUUGUGUCCUUCCUUUCUGGGCCCAUCUGUGAAGCUUUGUAACCCGAGUGUAUGACUGAGCUGCUCUGGGAAAAUCAGGAUUUAUUGCUAUUUGUAUCAGGAUGUGUAGCAAAGAAACUACAACAAAUCUUCAACUGAAGUACCUCUGCUGUGGUCCAGGAUGUACAGUCUUGGCGUAUUUGAAUGAUGGAUGCCUAGGGAAAUAUUCCAUACAUUUCUGUUGAUUUUUUUCCCCCUAUAUGUAUAUAAGGGUAUUUAUAAUGUUGUAUUAACAGAGUCAUCACGAGGAAUGCUCAUUUCCUUCCUUAGAAGCCUGCUCAGCUAUUUUUAUAUACAAUGUUGGUCUUCGCCUUAAUUUUUUUUGUGUGAAAAGUUGUGCCAUAGCAAUUUUAACUUAUCCACAGAUAGUUUACACAACUUGCUUUGACUUGUCUUUAGUUAAUUAAUUUUUUUUCCUCUCAAAUGGUUCUCAAUGGUUUCCUCCUCCAAAUGUGUCUCAAGGUUGGUUUGCUUUCUUAUUUCUUACUUUAAGUUUUGGAAGACACCUUCGUCUGCAUGCUUUGGUAGGUCAAGUUUUUUCUCUGUAGUUUAUUGUUUCUAGUUUAGCAAAACCUUUCAUUGAAAACAAACAUAAUAAUAAUUGAAGUAAUGCUUGUACAAAUGUAUCCAGAAUGGCCCAAAUGGUCAGAGUAAAGGGCUAUUUAGCGUUGGUAAAUUUGUCUACUAGACUCAAGGAUAUUUUUCUACGUCUGUCAAGUUUGGGACUAUGGAGAAAUGAA